CCGCACCCGACAUUUUCUGUCUACUGUAUUAGCAACUGACUACCUCAGCUCACCCUGUCAAAAGCUCGUCUUUGCAUCACGACGCGAAUAACCAUCCAUCAUCACAACAGUGGAAAAGGCAUGACAGACGGUGGCUAAUUUUUCCAUCAUGUCGGACGCUGACUUUGAGACGAUCAGAAAGCUCCAGCAAGAGCGCAAUGCUGCCGCAGCCAACAAGACGGGAUCGCGCACCUUCGAUGCCAGCAACCAGCGAUCCGACACAUCCACCAAGGCCAAGCUGACCGAGUCCUUCGACACCGACCUCUACUCACGCGACGCCGCUGACAAGUAUGCCGGCUAUCUCACCUCCAUCCCUGCCGACGGGGAGAAUGGUGAUGAGGACAUGCAGGAUGCCGAUGGCGACAACUCGCGACGCCUAGUCGGCCAGUAUACCGCCACCCAGUCCCAGAUCAAUGAGUUUGCGCACGGCCAUGGAGUCGAGGAGGACGAUCCUUUUGCGGGGCGGGGAGAGAAGAGCACCAGAAUCGUCGACCGUGAGACCGACUACCAGAAACGCCGCUUCGAUCGCGUUCUGACUCCCACCCGAGCUGAUGCUUUUGCCGCCAACCGCCAGGCUGCCGCCGCUGAGGGUGGCGAAAGCUACAAGGAUAUCAUGGCACGGAGGGAGAUUGAGCGAGAGGAGGAGAGGGUGCAGCGAGCCAUCGAAGCCAAACACGCAGCCGGCGAGGAUACAAUCGGCGAGCACCAAGCAACUCUGCAGGAUGGAGACAAGGAGAACGCCGAAUCCGGGUCAACCGAGGCUGUGGCUUCUGGCCGCAAGCGAAAGAAGAGAUGGGACAUUUCCUCUGAAGCCGUAGAUGAGCCGGGGUCUGACGCUGCGGACGGGGCCAAGAAGAGAUCCAGGUGGGAUCAGGCACCGUCGCUGGCUGUUUCCGGUGCCCCUGACGCCAGCAAGAAGCGGUCGCGAUGGGACCAGGCUCCUACCGCCACGCCCAUGGGUGCCAGCGGGCUUGUCACACCUAUGCAUACUUCUGCCAUCGGCGGCCCCAUUGCUUCGUUUGGCACAGACAUUGCCGGACCGAACGCGCCUAUAAGCGACGAGGAGCUCGACGAGCUGCUUCCUGGACCCGACCAGGGUUACCAAAUCCUCACGCCCCCUCCUGGUUAUGCACCUAUCAGAGCGCCAACUCACAGAGUUGCUGCUACCCCUGUGCAGACGUCUGGGUUCAUGAUGCAGGACCCUGAUAGUGUCAGGCUUGGUGGAGCUCCCAUGCCAAAAGAGAUUCCUGGCGUAGGCGACCUUCAAUUCUUCAAACCUGAGGAUAUGGCUUAUUUCGGUAAACUGACCGACGGCUCCGACGAAGAUGCUCUGAGUGUGGAGGAACUCAAGGAGCGGAAGAUCAUGAGACUCCUCCUCAAGGUCAAGAACGGAACGCCGCCAAUGCGAAAGACCGCUCUCAGACAACUUACCGACAAUGCGCGUAACUUUGGUGCCGGCGCUCUCUUCAACCAAAUCCUACCUCUGCUUAUGGAAAAAACACUCGAGGACCAAGAACGGCAUUUGCUUGUCAAGGUCAUCGAUCGUAUUCUUUACAAGCUAGAUGAUUUGGUCAGACCUUAUGUGCACAAGAUCUUGGUAGUCAUUGAGCCAUUGCUCAUCGAUCAGGACUACUAUGCUCGAGUCGAGGGUCGUGAAAUCAUCUCCAACCUCAGCAAGGCCGCCGGCCUAGCAACUAUGAUCAGUACCAUGAGACCCGAUAUCGAUCAUGUAGACGAAUACGUCCGAAACACUACUGCGCGUGCUUUUGCUGUCGUCGCUUCUGCACUGGGCAUUCCCGCUCUCCUUCCUUUCCUUAGAGCCGUCUGCCGGAGCAAGAAGUCGUGGCAAGCCCGGCAUACAGGUGUAAAGAUCGUGCAGCAAAUUCCUAUCUUGAUGGGCUGUGCCGUCCUUCCUCACCUCAAGGGACUGGUUGACUGUAUCGGCCCGAAUCUCAAUGAUGAGCAGACCAAGGUCCGUACAGUGACCAGUUUGGCAAUAGCAGCCCUCGCAGAAGCCUCGAACCCAUAUGGUAUCGAAAGUUUUGACGAUAUUCUCAACCCUCUAUGGACCGGUGCUAGGAAGCAAAGAGGCAAGGGUUUGGCCGGCUUCCUGAAGGCGGUCGGAUUCAUCAUCCCACUCAUGGACGAGGAUUAUGCGAACUACUACACUAGUCAAAUCAUGGAGAUUCUAUUACGCGAGUUCUCCUCGCCAGAUGAAGAGAUGAAGAAGGUCGUGUUGAAGGUGGUUUCCCAGUGCUCUGGCACCGAAGGUGUCACUGCAGGUUACCUCAAGGAACAUGUUCUGGACGAAUUCUUCAAGAGCUUCUGGGUGCGCCGUAUGGCUUUGGACAAGAGAAACUACAGACAGGUGGUAGAAACCACGGUGGACAUUGCCCAGAAAGUUGGUGUCAGCGAGAUUUUGGAGCGCAUCGUCGGUAAUCUCAAGGAUGAGAGCGAAGCCUAUCGAAAGAUGACGGUCGAAACCGUAGAAAAGGUAGUAGCAAGUCUGGGUGCGGCGGACAUUGGAGAGAGACUGGAGGAACGAUUGAUUGAUGGCAUUCUUCAUUCGUUCCAAGAGCAGGGCGUUGAGGAUGUUAUAAUGCUGAACGGAUUCGGCACUGUUGUUAACGCUCUGGGCACACGCUGCAAGCCAUACCUACCCCAGAUCGUCAGCACCAUUCUGUGGCGUCUCAAUAACAAGAGUGCCACUGUGCGACAACAGGCUGCUGACCUCAUUUCACGUAUUGCUAUGGUCAUGAAGCAAUGCGGUGAAGACGCGCUUAUGGGCAAGCUCGGAGUGGUGCUCUACGAAUAUCUGGGUGAGGAGUACCCAGAAGUCCUCGGCUCCAUCCUCGGUGCACUGCGUUCUAUUGUUACAGUCGUUGGUAUCAGCCAGAUGCAACCUCCCAUCAAGGACCUGUUGCCUCGUCUCACUCCCAUCCUACGAAACCGUCACGAGAAGGUGCAAGAGAACACUAUUGAUCUUGUCGGACGAAUUGCGGAUCGUGGCCCUGAGAGUGUGAACGCUCGUGAGUGGAUGCGUAUCUGCUUCGAGCUCCUCGAUAUGCUCAAGGCUCAUAAAAAAGGCAUCAGACGUGCCGCCAACAACACAUUUGGUUUCAUUGCCAAGGCUAUCGGUCCUCAAGAUGUUUUGGCCACCCUUCUCAACAACUUACGAGUCCAAGAGCGUCAAUCCCGUGUGUGUACAGCCGUCGCCAUUGGUAUCGUGGCCGAAACUUGUGCGCCUUUCACUGUGUUGCCGGCUUUGAUGAACGAGUACCGUGUUCCUGAGCUCAACGUCCAGAAUGGUGUGCUCAAGUCGUUGUCUUUUCUCUUCGAGUACAUUGGCGAGAUGGCAAAGGAUUACGUUUAUGCCGUCACACCACUGCUCGAGGACGCUCUGAUCGACAGAGACCAAGUGCACAGACAAACGGCAGCUUCAGUUGUCAAGCAUAUCGCACUGGGUGUUGUCGGUCUCGGUUGCGAGGAUGCCAUGGUCCAUCUUCUCAAUCUGCUCUAUCCUAAUCUUUUCGAGACAUCCCCACACGUCAUCGACCGUAUCGUGGAGGCCAUCGAGGCCAUCCGCAUGGCAGUCGGACCAGGCUUGGUGAUGAACUACGUAUGGGCGGGCCUGUUCCACCCGGCGCGCAAGGUCCGAACUCCAUACUGGCGACUGUACAACGAUGCGUACGUCCAAGCGGCGGACGCCAUGGUGCCAUACUACCCGAACCUGACUGAGGAGGGCAUCGACAGACCUGAGUUGGCCAUCGUGCUGUAAAAUUGUGUGCCGCAAAGGGACGACGGUCGUGAUAGGAUAGGCAGGGGCGGCAUUCGACGUUGGGCAAAGUAAAGCAGGAGUUUUUCGGAAAGGGGAUAGUUAUUCGUCAUUUUGUUCAAUAGCAUGGGGGUCUUUGCUUUGCUUCUUGUAAAGUAAAUCGGCAUCGAUUAAUGAGAAUAGCAUCGUUGAUUA